AGGGAUUUUACACAGCUACUCAGGAGAAACGAAAUGAUCUGCCCUGGAGCCGCAGCAAAAUGCUGGAUGGACACCUACUCCUGGGAUGGUUAUCGUUCACAGUUAUAGUGUAUCUUCUCAACUUGCCUGGACCCACCACUGCAUAUUUCGGGUUGACAGGUAAUGAACCGUUGUCUGUCCUGCCACUGAACUCUUUACCAGAGGAGAGCAUAGGCAGGGCCCACUACAAGCUGUGCGACCGGCUCAAACUGGAAAAGAAGCAGCGCAGGAUGUGCAGACGAGACCCGGGCGUGGCGGAGACCCUAAGAGAGGCCAUCACCAUGAGCGCCCUAGAAUGCCAGUAUCAAUUCCGCUUUGAGAGGUGGAACUGCACCUUAGAGGGGCGCCACCGAGCCAACAUAUUAAAAAGAGGAUUUAAAGAGACAGCCUUCUUGUAUGCCAUCUCCUCAGCGGGUCUGACUCACGCAAUGGCCAAAGCUUGCAGCGCAGGACGUAUGGAGCGCUGUACAUGUGAUGAGGCCCCUGACCUGGAGAACCGUAAGGCGUGGCAGUGGGGAGGCUGUGGAGACAACCUCAAAUACGCAAACAAGUUUGUCAAGGACUUCCUGGGCAAACGCUCGAACAAGGAUCUACGUGCACGUGUAGACAUGCACAACACGAAUGUGGGCAUGAAGGUAAUCAAGGCUGGAGUGGAGACCACUUGCAAGUGCCAUGGUGUCUCUGGCUCCUGCACGGUCCAGACCUGUUGGAGGCAGCUCCUGCCCUUCCAUGAGAUCGGCAAGCAGCUGAAGCAGCGUUAUGAGACCUCCGUCAAGGUCGGCAGCUCCACCAAUGAGGCCACUGGAGAGGGAGAAAUCUCCACAGGCCGCAACCAGCAGCAGCAGCAGCAGCAACAACAGCCUCUGCCCGGCCUGAACGAUCAAAUCCCCCGCACUAUGGACUUGCUCCACAUCGAGGAUUCACCCAGUUUCUGUAGACCCAGCAAAUACUCACCGGGCACUGCAGCCCGCAAAUGCUACAAGGACAAGAACUGCGAUGCUAUCUGUUGCGGUCGAGGCCACAACACUCAAAGUAGGGAGGUGACCAGGCCCUGUCAGUGCCAGGUGCGCUGGUGCUGCUAUGUUGAAUGCAAGCAGUGCACACAGAGAGAGGAGGUCUACACCUGCAAAGGGUAAACCGGGCACCUUUCGGCCCCUUCUAUCAGUGGUUGUGUUGAAGAGGAGUGUUUUUAUUCUCAUGCAAAGUCCUGCUUUCAGUGUCGGAACAGUGUUCUGCAAGCAAAACGGAGCGAGCCAAGAAGCAAUAAGCACUUUGAGGGAUUUCUGUGGGUUGGGUUUCAGAGGUCCUGCAGAAUAAAAACUUUCUCAGACAACUGGGUCAGGCAUCUCAAGCUUUUUAUCACAGCGUGACCUUGAAGAAAGCAGCUCUUACUUUCCUUAAAAAAAAUCAAAAAUCAAUUAUCCUCCAUUCACAAUAAAACAGAUUCACACCCAGUUAAUGAGGAUGCAACACAAGGACAUUAACACCAACAGACUGAUUUCUGGGACUUUGCCCAAAGAGGAAUUGUGUGUGUGUGUGUGUGUGUGUGUGUGUGAGAGAGAGAGAGUUUGUCAAUUUUUAUAUGUGUACAGUAUUUGUAAGCAUGUGAGCAUGAGGUAGGUAGUGAGGGGGGAGCGGAAUUUUUGUGACGACUUUUUAUGGCGAUGAAAACCAUAUUCAGAGACUGAAAAAAGAAAAAAAAAAGACAGGGUGUAAGAAUUACUCUACACGCACAUAUUUACACUCACACACAUUGUGUGUUUGCAUAUAUAUGUACAUAAAUUCAAUUAUAUUGUAAUGAUAUUAUAUAAGCCACUUAUCUAACUAUGUUUAAAACAAACCACUAACCACACAAAUGUUUUGUUGUUUGUGUGCUCUUGCUCAUUUUUCUUCUUGAUUCAUGUGGACAAGGCCCUUUGGAAAGCAGCAUGCUUGUGUCCACUGUUUUGCUGUGGAUAAUUUAUAGAUCCUUUGGGACUACUCCUUCAUGAGGAGGAACAAAAUUUUUUUUUUUGUAAUAUUAUAUUAUUAAGCUGUUAGUAAAUACAUUAACAGAAGAUAACUAAACCAGUCAGUUUAGGCUAUUCUCGGCCAGUGUUCAGGGAAUAACUUAAACCACUAUAUGUAUUUGAAUUAAACAGAAAGAAACAGUGCAAAUAUGAGUCCCAAGUUGGAGGUGACUGCGGCCUUGUUAUUACAGCCAAAAGCAUAGCAACAGGUGAUCACUUGAUCAGCAGGAGGCCCUUGUGAGACUCAGAUCAAUUUGUAGAGCUUAAUUUGUGAAGCUUAAAUCUACUUUGAAGGUCUAAAGAAAACUGUGGAGAACUGGAGGACUUUAAUUCCCUACCAUUUCGCGUCCUUUCCUCGUCAACUUCCACGAUUUGAUUGAGCCAUAUAUAAUACAUUGACAUGCAGUGUGUACAGUAGAAGCUCAAACAGUAUGGGGCGACUGAGACUGAAAUCAAACUUUUUGUUCAAGUGAAGAUGAAAGCAUAAGCCUCAUAGCUAAUAUAAAUACAUGUUAUACGACUAUUAUUUGUGUAAUGUUCCGCAAAUUGAUGUGUGCGUGCAAACGUAGGAGUUUUACUAAUCGGCUGUCUUCUUUCUGAAGUCAGUGAAGUUGUUUUUAUACAAGUUAAUUUUACUUUUUCAUCUUGUUGCUGAGCACCUUGUGACACAGUUAACACGAUGCAGCAUACUGAACCCACCAUGCAACAAUGACAGUUUGGCAUUGCAGGAAAUACUACAAGGUAUAUACAGGUGCUGGUCAUAAAAUUAGAAUAUCAUGAGUGCAGUCAGCAGCUGGAUUUUUACUCAGCCUAUCAAAAGGAAACAGAGGAAACCGCUACUUUUAACAAAAUUAGCCAAUCAGCACCUCUAAAAUCACUAUUUGGCCUGCUAUAUAUAUUGCUUGUUUAAUCCAGGACGUUAAACCACACCUUGUUUUUGUUACAGUUUUUGUCCAUAUUAAACAGACAGGAUUUAACAUGUUAAUCGGUGAACCUUAAAGGUACUGAAAGGUGGCUUUUGUUACCUUAGGGCACAUUCAGUUGUAGCUGUGACCCAGUUUGCAGUGUUUAUGCUAAGCUAACUAGCUGAGUGACAUUAAGUUUCUGUUCUAGCGCUCUGGAAGAAGGCGCAUUAUAAUAUUUCCAAACUUGUCAAAUUAUUUCCAUUACAGUUUUAUGAGAAAUGCCUCUGUGCACACAAACAAUGCAGACAACAUUUCAUGGUAUUCUCAGCACUUGG